AUGCGCCUAUUAGUUGCAGAGUCAAAUACAGUGAUCGAAAAGAGCCAAUUACCGAAGCAUAACCCCGAAACCGAACAAAGCGGGCCCAAUGGAGCGGAUGAAUGCACAACACGGGCACAGAUGAAAGAUGCCCUAAAACCAAGCAUUCAAAUAAGCAACAAUAGACCUACUACAUCAAACACUGACAUAGGAAAUAACGAAGCCGAAGAACCUGAGAUAGACAGCGAUGAUCAAGUUAAACAUUCAACCCAUAUCCCAACUCAUAAUCGUUAUACGCCACUUAGCGUAGAAGAAGAAACUACCCAAAGAGAAACAGUGUAUAAACACUCUGAAAGCAAAUCGAAUAUCGUUCUCAUCGGCGACUCUAUGGUCAAAAAUAUAAACCCUCGGAAAUUGUCAAGAAAACGAGUUAACAAAUUUAUAUAUCCAGGCAAAACAACUGAGGAAAUUGCUUCUGAAAUCCAAAAUAUAAGCGUACAAUCACCUACGAGUACAACUCAUGUUAUUAUUCACGCAGGAACAAACAAUCUCCCGAUGGACUCGAGCAGCAAAUGUGUAAAGAGUGUCAAAGGCUUAUGCGCUCGAGUUAAAGAACGAUUUCCUGAUGCUAAGCUAGGGCUCUCAAGUAUAAUUCAAAGAAAAGACAUUGACGUAUCAGGAAAAAUUGAUGAGGUAAAUACUCAACUAGAACACCUAUGUAAUGAACUAGGUUAUACUUUUAUUGAAAAUUCAAUCAUAGAUGAAUCUAGUUUAAAUGGCAGUAAACUGCACUUAAAUACAAAAGGGUCUGCUCUCUUAGCAACGCGUUUUAUUAAGUUCCUGAACCCAAAUAAGCAAGUACACAAUCAGGCAACUGCUGCUGGUACUCAUAGCCCAUCGGAAAAUUUUCUGAGGGACUUGUUGAACUUGGUAGCUCUAACACAGACUCCAAUGCCACUACGAAGACGAACUCGUUAAAUUGUUAUUCUACUAGUACUAGUAAUAAUACUAAUAAUGAUAACCCUACAUCUGUGAAUCCUCUUAACGAAAUUGCUAACUCCAAAGGUUUUCGAAUUGCUAGUCUCAAUAUAAAUAGCCUCUUGAAACAUAUCGAUGAGCUUCGAAUAAUGUUGGAAAAAAAUCCUUUAGAUGUUUUAGCGAUUAAUGAAUCUAAAAUUGAUGAAUCCGUUUAUGAUAAUGAAUUAAAAUACCAGGAUACGUUACGUGCAGAAGGGUCGCAACAGACACGGUGGGGGUGUUUUGUUGUAUAUCAGAAACUGCUUUUCAUUUCGAACGCGCAAUAAACUAAUUCCUAAGCAUCUUGAGAUGGUGUGCAUUGAAGUACAUAGACAAUAUGGUAAAUCCUUUUUAGUUUGCGCUUGGUAUAGACCACCGAAUUCAAAUGUGAAUUUAUUCGACAGCUUUGAAAAUUUCAUUAAACAAUGUGAUGUAGAAAAUAAAGACUUAAUUCUUCUAGGUGAUCUAAACUGUGACUGGAAUAAAUCUCCGGUGAACAAUCAUACACAAAAAUUAAAAAGUAUUUGUUCGCUCUACCAACUUAAGCAAAUUAUUGAUGUGCCUACAAGGAUCACUAAAUCAUCUGCAACUCAAAUUGAUCUAAUUCUAGUGAAUAAUUCUGAUAGUGUUUAUAGUCACGGAGUACUUGAAAUUGGAAUAUCGGAUCAUAAUUUAAUUUAUGUAGUUAAAAAAAUGGCUCAUCAUAAGGGUCAACGGAUUUCCAAGGAAGUUCGAAAUUUUAAGCAUUUUAAUGAAAGAUUAUUUUUGGAAGACCUAUCAAGCAUUCCGUGGGAAUAUGCAAAUAAUUUUAAUGAUCCAAAUGAUAGCUGGUUUGUUUGGAAAUCCUUAUUUCUUGAGGUACUUGAUAGACACGCGCCAAUUUUAAGGAAAUAUAUUAGAACUAAGAGAAUCCCAUGGAUAACUGCCUCCAUUAAACAGUUAAUGCGAGAAAGAGAUUUUAAUAAAGCAAUGUUCAACAAAUUUAAUUCGGAAUUACAUUGGGAAAAGUUUAAAACAAUUAGAAAUAAAAUUAAUGCUGAAAUUAAAAAACUUAAGGCUAACUAUUAUAAUACAAAAAUUUCUGAGUGUUUACUGAAUAAGAACAUUAAAAUGAGCUGGUCACUUAUCAAUAACUUGUUAGGAAAAGAUUCAAAAUCUACUAUCAUUAAUGAAAUAAGGAGUGAUAAUAAUGUCUUCACCGACAAAGUUUCAAUUGCAAACCAAUUAAAUGAUUAUUUCGUUAGCAUCGGUCCUUCCCUAGCUAUUGAGAUAGAAAAAAAUGAACGUAGCUUUCAGAGAUCGGAAAAUAGAGACUCUAAUGAUUGGCUUGAUACAACUUUUCGUUUUUCUGUUAUAAGUGAUGAGCAAGUUCUUAACCAUUUAAAACAAUUGGUAGUAUCGAAAUCGACUGGAAUUGACAAAAUUCCAGCUAGGGUUCUCAAAAUUUCAGCUGAUAUAAUUGCCCCAUCUCUAACAAAAAUUUUUAAUCUUUCAUUACGUACUGGCAUAUUUGUUACUGAUUGGAAAUUAGCACGUGUACAGCCAAUGUAUAAAUCUGAUGACAGAAGUAAAUGUGAGAACUAUCGUCCAAUUUCUAUUCUUCGUGUUGUUAGUAAAAUUUUCGAGAAGGAAAUUUUUAAGCAACUUUAUGACUAUUUAUCUGAAAAUUCACUUCUUUCAAAAUUUCAAUCUGGAUUUAGACCCAAACACUCAACUUUAUCUUUACUUAUCCAAAUGUGUGACAAAUGGUUAGAAAGCAUGGAUGAUGGCAAAAUAACUGGCCUUAUUUCAAUGGACAUUAAAAAAGCAUUUGACUCUAUUGAUCAUGAAAUUUUAAUGUCUAAAAUGAAAAAUCAGUUUGGUAUUUAUGAUAAUGAGUUAAAUUGGUUUGGUUCUUAUCUGACAAACCGUGAGCAAGUCUGUUGUGUUAAUGAUCAUUUCUCUUCCCGUAAAACAAUAAAGAGUGGAGUGCCCCAAGGAUCAAUUCUUGGUCCUUUGAUGUUCCUAUUAUAUAUCAAUGAUUUGCCAAAAUAUUUAAAAUAUACUACGGCGGGUUUAUACGCCGAUGACACACAGAUAUAUGCUUCAUCUCAUAACUAUGAUGAAUUGGUAGAUCUAUUGAAUUCUGAUUUGAAAAAUAUUAGCAAAUGGCUGUCGGACAACAAAUUGCAACACCAUGCUACUAAAACAAAAUUAAUGUUUAUAGGCUCGCCAUAUAAUAUUCGGAACAAAAUUGGCAAUAAAUUGGUGA